AUGGUGAAUAUGGAGUGCCAGGAUGCUGCUUUGAGCUCAGAAGAUAAAGUAACUGUCCACUUCAUAAACCGUGAUGGUGACAAACUAACAGCUGAAGGGAAAGUUGGGGACUCGCUGCUAGAUGUUGUUGUUGAUAAGAAUCUAGACAUAGAUGGAUUUGGUGCAUGUGAAGGAACAUUGGCCUGCUCCACUUGCCACUUAAUCUUUGAAGACCACAUAUUUGAGAAAUUAGAUGCAAUUACUGAUGAGGAGAUGGACAUGCUGGACCUAGCCUAUGGACUGACAGAAACAUCUCGUUUGGGCUGCCAGAUCUGCUUGAAGAAAUUUAUGAACAAUAUGACUGUUCGAGUACCUGAAGCUGUUGCUGAUGCUAGACAAUCCAUAGAUAUGAGCAAGAAUUCCUAAAAUAAAACUUGUUAGGAGCUUUUCAUGAAAUUUUUAACUAUUUUUAUAACUUAUUUCUGAAUGUUGAAAUGUGAACUUACAUAAUCAUGGGAGUUAUUUUUGACUAUCAAUGUUAAUUCUGUUUUAAUUUUCUUUAUGGAACCACUUAUUUUAAUUCUUAAGAAGAGGUAAUACUUUUUAACAAGUUAAAGCUGAACUGUAAAAUGUUGACCAAAUUAUACUCGGAGAAGUCAUUAAUGGAUUUAUUUAUGUAAAGAAGUCUUUUUUUUUUUUUUUCUUUUUUCAGCUGUAUUUGAAAACAAGUGGAUUUUUUUUUUUUAAUAGAUUCAAAACCAUUUGGUUUUUAGGGUUUCAGGCUUAGAAACAUUAGGAUGCUGGACAGAUGACAAAUGUAGCACAGACUGUUUUUCUGUUUAAUUCCCUGUGCGUUUCAUGUGGUGUAGUAGAAACUAGUGUAUCCAAAGAGAGCUAAUUUGCUGGUUGAUGAUAUGGUGCUUUCACAGCAACUGGAGGUGUAAUUAGGAAGACGGGUGGAGCUGGCAUAUCCUUAAUCUGGAAAUCUUGAUAAAAUAUGACAAAUACUGUUGAAAUAAUGUUUCCAUCCAGUCCAGUCCUGCUGCUGGUAGUGUCUAAUACCUGAUAAAAGCAAUUUUCUUAUCUUCCCAUUGCCCAUUAUAGGGCCAGAUCCUACAGUUACUGUGUGCAUAGGAUUAAGCCCUUACUAAAUAUUUGACCCUUUCUAAAAAAAAUUUUCUUUUUUUCCCCAGUAUGGUUAAAAAAAAAUCCGAACUCCAUGCUUUUAACCAUCAUUGUUUACCUUUUCAUUUUUCAUGGCAUACAUUAUUAGGUGUGUCAACUACCAUGAAAUACAAUAGUCAUAUCAUUAGUGUAUAAAGUCAUUUUUAGAUUUGGAUGAAAUCUUUAUUUUAUAUAUAGCCAAACAUUAAUUUACAUUUGACUACUUAAGUAUAGUCAUCAGGUACAGUAUUUGAGCUGUCAACACUGACCCCUAGAUUUUUUUUUUAUGUGAAAGGUUCUUUCAUGUUUCAUUUAUAUGUGAAAAAAAAUUACUUUUCUUAACUAUGCAGUACCUAUAACUCAUAAACUUAAUUUGCUGUGUCUGUUACCCAGGAUUGACUAAAUCCUUCUGCAUUUCUUAUAGUGAAUCAACAUCUUUUUACAUACUCAAGGAAUUCCUUCUCUUCUAAAUAUUUAAAAAACACGCAUUCUACUACUGAUUUCAGGGGUGCUCUUCUACACUAACCAUUUCUUAUUAUACGGAUUCAUAUUACCUAAUCCAUUUUUAAUCUAUAUAGGACUUUACCCCUUAUCCUAUAUGUUCUGGUGAGAGAGCUCAUUUACUUGGAUUUUCAAAAAAAUACUUGGUUGAGUGGUCUGACAAAACACAGCAGGAAUAUAUUCAUUCUGAAGCCUCAUUGGGACAUUAGCAGAACAAAAAGAAGAGGUAAAUUAGGGAAAUAUAUUUAAGAUAAAAUAUAAAUAGAUAUUGAGCUCUGUCUUUUCCUCUGUUACUGCUCUGUGAAUAACAUUGUAGGAUGGUGGGAGUGUAAUAUCAAAGGGAGUCACACUGUCUCCUCCUCCCUGAAUUCUUUAUGUAAUGCAGUACUAUCACUUAAAAUACUUUAAGAUAUUAUU